AUGAAGAGCCGGCAGGAAGUAAAAUCCUUGAAGAAAUCUUCCAUCCCAGGUGUUCUUAUCACCCAGUUUGUGGAGGACGUUCCAAAAGGAUGCAGUACUCCUGACUUUGAGAAGAAGCCUCUCUCUCUGACACUGCAGGAAGGUAAAAACGCCAUUUUCAGAGCUGUGGUCAAAGGAGUCCCAACCCCUGAGGUAAAAUGGACACGUAUGCUAGGGGGAAUGGAUAAUCCUGCCAAAUAUGAAACCUUCUUCAAUAGCACAACAAAUGAAUUCACCCUGCAGAUAAACCACCUCACGACCUCUGACAGUGACCUCUAUAGUUGCUCUGCUGUGAAUGAAUAUGGGGAAGCCUCAUGUUCUGCUGGCCUCAAGAUCAUCCAAGCUUUAAGGAAGGAGCUUCAGGAGUUCCGGAAGCGGCUGAGGAAGCGGGCUCCAGUAACAAAACCAAAACCUUUGGACAAAGAUGCAGUCUGGCAAUUGUUGCUGCAUGCAGAUAAAAGAGAUUAUGAGAAAAUCUGUAUGAAAUAUGGAAUUGGUGACUUCCGUGGGAUGCUGAAAAAGCUGCAGGAGUUAAGGAAGGACACAGAGAGUGAACAAGGAGAGUUAUUACACAGUAUCAAAAACUUCACACACAUCAAAGUCAACAAAGAGGGAAAAGCUACAUUCAGCCUGGAGAUGAACCUGAAAAACAGUAACAGCAAAGUUUAUCUCCUUAAGGAUGGUCAGCGGCUCAGAUAUGGAACAGGGGAUGAAUACAGAAAGCACUGCCUGAGGAGAAUUGGGAAAAAGUAUCUAUUCAUUGUCAAUGAUGUGCAGCCAGAAGAUGCAGGCUUGUACCAAGUCAGAGUGGAGGAUGUACCUGUUUUCUCAACUGCACUGGACCCUGAGUCCAUCCCUGUGAGGUUCGAGCAGCCCCUCAGCGACGCGCGUUGUCCCGAGGACGAAGACGCCACCUUCGAGUGCGUCCUCCGCACGCCCUGCUAUGAUGCUGUGUGGCUGCACAAAACCCACCUCCUCGAGCCAAGUGAGAAGUACCAGAUCUCUGUAACACCUGAUGGCCUGACCCACAAGCUGGUUAUCAAAAAUGUUGGGCCCUCUGACAAUGGCAUGUACACACUGGACACUGGACUCUGCUCCUCGAACGCCUGGCUUAUCGUUGAGUAUGCCAAAGGGAAGAGGAAACAGGGUGAAGGAGACGAAAGGGGGGAGUUGGAGUGGCCAAAAGAAACGUUGCCAGAACAGGCAAAGAAACUUCGACACAGAGAACGUGUUGGUGAAGAUGAUCUUAUGGACACUGGCGUGGAGAAAGAUGGCUGGAUGGUCUCCCUGCUGAAGGGGGAUUUGGUGGUGCUGGUUUCGCUGGUGCAGGAGGAGUUGGGUCUCUCUAUGGAAAGGAUGGUUUCCCAGCUGGGGCUGGUGUUGGUGCUGGUGGGGCUGGUGCAGGAGGAAUUGGUUUUCCCUAUGGAAAAGAUGGUCUCCCUGCUGGGGCUGGUUCUGCUGGAGCUGGUGCAGCAGGACCUGGGUAUACUUAUGGAAAGGAUGGCCUCCCUGCUGGAGGGGGAUUUGGUGGUGCAGGAGGAGCUGGUGCCGGGGGGGUUGGGUCUCAUUAUGGAAAGGAUGGCCUCCCUGCUGGAGGGGGAUUUGGUGGUGCAGGAGGAGCUGGUGCCGGGGGGGUUGGGUCUCAUUAUGGAAAGGAUGGCCUCCCUGCUGGAGGGGGAUUUGGUGGUGCAGGAGGAGCUGGUGCCGGGGGGGUUGGGUCUCAUUAUGGAAAGGAUGGCCUCCCUGCUGGAGGGGGAUUUGGUGGUGCAGGAGGAUUUGGGUCUCCCUAUGGAAAGGAUGGUUUCCCAGCUGGGGCUGGUGAUGGUCUCCCUGUCGGGGCUGGCAUUGGUGUUGCUGGUGGAGCUGGUGUGGGGGCAGUUGGGGGUCCCUAUGGAAAGGAUGGCUUUCCAACUGGGGCUGGUGGAGCUGGUGCAGGGGGAUUUGGGAGUCCCUAUGGAAAGGAUGGCCUUCCAGCUGGUGCUGGUGGAGCUGGUGCAGGGGCACUUGGGGGUCCAUAUGGAAAAGAUGGUCUCCCUGCUGGAGUGUGUGUUGGUGGUGCUGGUGGAGAUGGUGCAGGGGGAUUUGGGGGUCCUUAUGGAAAGGAUGGUUUCCCAGCUGGUGUUGGUGUUGGUGUUCCUGCUGGAGCUGGUGUGGGGGGAUUUGUGGGUCCCUAUGGAAAAGAUGAUCUCCCAGCUGGAGCUGGUGGACCUGGGUAUACUUAUGGAAAGGAAGGUCUCCCUGUUGGGGCUGGUGUUGGUGUUGCUGGUGGAGCUGGUGUGGGGGGAUUUGCGGGUCCCUAUGGAAAAGAUGGCCUUCCAGCUGGGGCUGGUGGAGCUGGUGCUGGUGGAGCUGAUGGUGUCCCAGCUGGAGUUGGCCUUGGUGUUCCUGGUGUAUCUGGUGGAGGAGGAGUUGGGUUUCCCUGUGGAAAGGAUGGUCUCUCUGCUGGGGCUGGUAUUGGUGCUGCUGCUGGAGCUGGUGUGGGGGCAGAUGGUCUUCCCUAUGGAAAGGAUGGUCUCCCUGCUGGGGCUGGUGGAGCUGGAGCUGUUGCAGCAGGACCUGGGAGUCCAUAUGGAAAGGAUGGCCUCCCUGCUGGGGCUGGUUUUGGAGGUGCUGGAGGGGCUGGUGCAGGGGGAGUUGGGGCUGAUGCAGGAGGAGUUGGUUCUCCCUAUGGAAAGGCUGGCCUUCCAGCUGGGGCUGCUGGUGGUGUUCCUGGUGGAGCUGGUGUGGGGGCAGGUGGGGGUCCCUAUGGAAAGGAUGGCCUUCCAGCUGGUGCUGGUGGAGCUGGUGUGGGGGGACCUGGAUCUCCCUAUGGACAGGAUGGCCUUCCAGCUGGGGCUGGUGUUGGUGUUCCUGGUGGAGCUGUUACUUAACGUCAGAGUCCUGAAAGGGGAACCAGCUGAGCUGUCUUGCACUGUCAGUAAAGAGGAUGUGAUAGGAACCUGGUUUAAAGAUGGAUUAAAGUUAAAAAGCAUGGAUGGAGUCAUUUUUGAAAAGCAAGGUCUAGUCCACAAACUAAUUAUUAACAAAGUGGAAGAUAUUCAUGCUGGGAAAUACAGGUUUGAAGGUGGAGAUAUAAAAACUGAAGCUUCUAUUUUUGUUGAAGAUCCUCCUCAGGUGGACAAAGUUCUCCUCAAAAACUUAACAAGUGUCCCUACUGUGGCCAAGGCAGGGCAGAAGGUGCAGCUCAGGAUCCCCUUUGAGGGCCGCCUGCCCAUCGCAGCGACGUGGAUGAAGGACAGAAUGGAGCUGGUGGAUGACACAAGGAUUCGUGUGGAUAAAACAGAGACCUUUACCAUGCUCUCCAUCCCCAGCUGUGACAGAAAGGACUGUGGGGAUUACAAAGUCAGGCUGAAGAAUGACAGUGGGGUCCUGGAGAUGAACUUAAAGCUUGUGGUGAUAGACAAGCCACAGCCACCUACAGGUCCCAUCAAAAUUGUGGAAAGCUCUGCAGACAGCAUCACCAUUCAGUGGAAGCCCCCAAGUGAUGAUGGGGGCAAACCAGUGCAGAGCUACAUUAUUGAGAGUCAGCAGGUGGGCAGGAACGACUGGGUGGCUUUGGGAGAAACCCCCCGGAGCUGUACCACCUUCACCACUAACAAAGUAGAACAAGACAUGAGCUACUACUUCAGGGUGAGAGCUGUGAAUGCUGAGGGGAGCAGCGACGCCCUGGAAUCAGAGGAGGUGAAGGCUGUCAGUAAAGCUACACCUGAUGCCCCAGAUCCCCCUCAGAUUGUCAGCACCAGCAAAGAGACCAUCACAAUAUCCUGGAAAGUCCCUCGGAAAACGGGCACCUCCGGGAUUGUGGGAUACCUGGUUCAAAAGCGCAAGAAGGGCAGCGUGACGUGGCUGCCAGUCAACACGGUGCCCACAGCAGACAAGCAGCUGAAGGUGAGCAAGCUGAAGCAAGGGCUGCAGUAUGAGUUCCGUGUGGCAGCUGUCAAUGCUGCUGGCACAGGAGAUGCCAGUGAACCCUCCCAGCCUGUCUUUGCCCGGGAUUCCACCAAAUCUCCAGGUCAAGUGCAGGACCUUAAAGUGAGCAGCAGUGACUGCACUAGUGUCACCUUGACAUGGAAGGCACCUGAAGCAAAAGAUGGGAAUGUUGUGACAGGCUAUGAGGUGGAGAUACGGUCUUCUGACAGCCUCAACUGGACCAAGUGCAAUGUUGUUCCCAUCGAGGCCACCACCUACACAGUCAAAGGCCUCCAACCCAAGGAGAUAUACUUCCUCCGUGUGAGAGCCCUCAAUGACAGUGGCCCAGGAGAAGCUGUAGAGCUUGAAGCUUGCAUGGAAGGUGCUCCCCCUGCAGCUCCAGAUCCAGUAGUGACCUGGUUAAAGGAUGGGCUUCCCCUUCCAGACCAGGCUACAAUAAACACCCAAGAUGACACCGCCCAGCUGCUGAUUGAAGCAGCCGAGUUCACCGACAGCGGCACCUACACCAUCGAGCUCCAGAAUGGGUUGGGGAAAAGAGAAACAUUCACCUUCCAGGUUCAAGUCACAGAUAUCCCACAGCCUCCUGGACCCAUUCAAUUGGAGGAGAAGGUGGUAAAUACAGUGACACUAACCUGGGAGCCAUCAGCCUCUGAGAAAUGGGAACAUCACCUGUACUACACAGUCCUGAAACGGGAAUCGGAGAAGGGUGUGUGGCACGUGGUGGGUGACCUGAUCUACACCAACAAGUUCACCUUCACCAAUGUGGUCCCAGGCAGGGAUUACUACUUCAGGGUCCUGGCAAAAAAUAACUUGGGAGCCAGUCGUCCAUCUGAAACUGUGAAGCCCUGGAAAAUUAAAAAACUAAAAGUUCAACCUGAAGUCAAACAACAGAAGCACAGGGAAGUUAAUAAAAACCUGCCCCCAAGAUUCCUGGUCCCGCUGAAGCCUCACGUGGUGCCACCGGGCAGCGAGUGCCACAUGAGCUGUGCAGUUGGGGGCCACCCACCUCCCAAGGUGACAUGGUACAAGGACAGCAGAGACCUCUCCAAUGAUCCUGCCUAUUUUUGCACAAACGACUUUGGUGUCUGCUCCCUGGUUGUCCUGUUUGUCACAGAACGUGAUGCAGGAGAAUAUCUGGUAGAAGCCACCAAUGAACUGGGCCGGGCCUCCAGCAAAGCCUCCCUCACUGUUAAAGACACCACCCUGUAG